AUGGCCGAGCUCCCGGGCGCGGCUGCCACGGCCGAGGAAGCGCCACAGGCGAACAUGUCGGAGACGUCGGCGGGGGAGGACGCGGCCGCCGUGUUGCAGCCGCCGCCUCCACCGCAGGCGCAGCAGCAGGCGUCGGCGGGCGAGGCGCGGCGCAAGCAGCGGAAGCGGCGGCGCCACGAGGUCCAGAGCGCGUCGGCGUCCUUCUUCGAGCGGCUGGUGCAGCGGCUCAUCGAGCACCAGGAGGGCCUCCACCGCCAGUUCCUGGACGCCAUGGAGCGGCGCGAGCGGGAGCGCGCGGCGCGCGACGAGGCGUGGCGUCGGCAGGAGGCCGAGAAGUUCGCGCGCGAGGCCGCCGCGCGCGCGCAGGACCGCGCCAGCGCCGCCGCCCGGGAGCAGGCCAUCAUUGCGUACCUAGAGAAGCUUUCCGGCGAGGCCAUCGUCCUCCCGCCGCCGGCGCCCAUCCCCGCGCCCGCGUCAACGGACGACGCGACGAGCCAUGACGUGGGUGCGGGCAGGGAGCUCGUCCCCUACGACGGUGCCGACACGUCGCUGCCGCUGAUGAGCUCGUCGUCCCGGUGGCCGAAGCACGAGGUGGAGGCGCUGAUCCGGGUGCGGUCGGGGCUGGACGGCCGGUUCCAGGAGCCCGGGCUGAAGGGCCCGCUGUGGGAGGAGGUGAGCACGCGCAUGGCGGCGGCGGGGUACGGCGGCCGGAGCGCCAAGAGGUGCAAGGAGAAGUGGGAGAACAUCAACAAAUACUUCCGCAAGGCCAAGGAGAGCGGCAAGAAGAGGCCAGCGCACGCCAAGACCUGCCCCUACUUCGACGAGCUCGACCGCCUCUACUCGCGCACCACCGGCAAGCAAGGUAGCUCGGAGCUGCUCGACGCGGUGGUCAAGUACCCUGCCGACACCCACUACGGCCUGCCCCCAGGGUUCCCCAACGACGACGCUGGUGGCAGCAAUGUGGCUGGCAAGAACGACGGUGCUGCGCACCAGGACGGCGAGGACGACGAUGACAUGGGCAGGUCGACGUCGGGGAGAGGGCAGGAGGACGAAGUGGACCAGAGCCAUGGCCACGACGACGAUCAUUAGACCAAGGAGCUUAAGUUAAUUAGGAUGCCAUGAGAAAUUUUAGCUAGCUCUAUGGAUGGAAAUUUUCUUCCUUUUUGUUGUUAGCGCCGUUGCUUUGUUCUUAGCUAUGAUCCAUCACUUACUUGUUAGUACUACUACUACUGCUUAUAUAUG